AAUCAAUUCAUUAUUCUAUAUACUGUAGUCUACUGUCGAGUUUUCCUACCCGUUGCGCAAAAGCCCGAAGGUCCGGUCACCAAACACACCGCACGAUUUGCGCGCGGUCGCAAUAUCUCGGUCCUUCCUACAACACAGACCACGCUAGAAGCGGGGCAGUUUGGGUCACGUGUGGUGGGGUAGAAUUAUUUGCCUGAUGGUUGUCGAUUGGGGAUGAAGUGCUACGCUCUAUCCGUUUGUCUCACAUAGCCAGCUCAUCUGUUCUCAUUCGAGCUGAUUCGUGUAAAUACAUUUGAGCGGGUCGAAUAUCCUGUGGAACUCAUUCGCGCCUGGUGCUGCAGCAAUCCAAUCUAAAUAUCUUCUACACCGGCACCAGCUCUCAAAACAUACCUUAAACUUCCCCAACACCUCCUCACGAUGUCCUCCUCCUCUCACCCCCCAACGAAGCUGACAGUCCUCAUCUCCGGCUCCGGCACCAACCUCCAAGCCCUGAUCGACGCCACGACUAGCUCCCCACCAACUCUCCCAAACACAGUCAUCACGCACGUAAUCUCCAACAAAAAGAACGCCUAUGGACUCGACCGCGCCCGCUCUGCCGGCAUAAAGACAUCCUACCACAACCUCGUCGCCGGCCACUACCUCAAGAGCGGCGAAAAGGACCCCGAGGCUAUCAAGGCCGGUCGCGAGAAGUAUGACGCCGAUCUCGCAGCGCUGAUCCUGGGCGACGGGCCGGACCUGAUCGUUUGCGCGGGCUGGAUGCACAUUCUAUCACCCCCCUUCCUAGCGCCCCUCGAAAAGGAGCAUGUCCCGGUCAUAAACCUGCACCCCGCGCUCCCCGGCGCCUACGACGGCGCUAACGCGAUUAAACGCGCCUACGAGGAUUUCGUGGCUGGGAAGUCGAAGGGGCCGACGGGGGUGAUGGUGCACUAUGUUGUUGCGGAGGUGGAUCGCGGGCAGCCGGUAUUGGUGCGGGAGGUUGAGUUCCAAGAGGGCGAGACGCUGGAGGGGCUGGAGGGACGGAUUCAUGAGGUUGAGCAUGGGAUUAUUGUGGAGGGGACGAGGAAGGCUAGUGAGGAGUUGUGGGAGGGGAGGGAGAAGGAGGGAGGGAAAUAG